GCUGUGGACGUGAUGGCGUUCAUUGCUCGCUGCUCGCCUCAAUUGCUUUCUGCUUUCCUCUGCCGGCUAUAGGUUACAUCUUUCCAUUAACCUCCCAGUAACGUGUUUUAACCCGGAGAAGAUCACCAGUUCUGCCCUUAACCACGUGAAUCGGAGCGCUCUUAAAACGCCUAUCUCUCUCCUCUCUCUCCUAUCCCUCUCUCUUUUUUCCACGUAUAGUAUCUCUCUCUCUCUCUCUCUCUCUCUCUCUCUCCCUUCCCUCUCUGGUCGAGCUCAGAGCAGAAGGGAACAUGACAGAAUGACAGGAGAUGGAUUUUUCCACGAGAUGUAGAGAACAAAUGAGAAAUAAACAGCAGCUCUCCUAGGUCGCCUGUGUGAAUCGUAUGCCGUCGUGAAACCAGCGUAAUUUGUAAAUGCGAGGAUCAUGAAUGAAUGAAAGCAGCGCUUAUUAACUUGUUCAUUGCUGCCGACAGUUGGGGCCCAAACCAUCAUACGCUCAGACUGGGUAACACCCUUGCUGUCAGCCGCGGCGCAGUCGGGGCCACAUUUCCGUGGUCUUGGAACAGUCGUAAAGUCAAUCAGUCGCUCAGGUCCUUCUAGUAGCCCCAAUGGAGCAGGAUGUGGAGAGCCCAGUCACUAUCAGACAGCCAAAGCUGCCUAAACAAGCCAGGGAAGACCUCCCCAAGCAACUGGUGGACAAAGAACAAGGCAAACGGAAGAUCCAGAGGUACGUUCGCAAGGACGGAAAGUGCAACGUCCAUCACGGAAAUGUGCGGGAGACAUAUCGAUACCUGACGGACAUCUUCACCACCCUGGUGGACCUCAAGUGGAGAUUUAAUCUCUUCAUCUUCGUGCUGGUUUAUACGGUGACAUGGCUAUUCUUCGGCUUCAUGUGGUGGCUCAUCGCUUACGUCAGAGGAGACCUGGAGCACAUAGGAGACAACAAGUGGACUCCCUGCGUCAACAACCUCAACGGCUUUGUCUCUGCUUUUUUGUUCUCAAUAGAGACAGAGACCACCAUUGGGUACGGCUACAGGGUGAUCACGGACAAAUGUCCCGAGGGUAUAGUUCUACUCUUGGUCCAGUCUGUGCUGGGGUCUAUAGUCAAUGCCUUCAUGGUGGGUUGUAUGUUUGUAAAGAUUUCACAACCUAAGAAGCGGGCGGAGACUCUAGUUUUCUCCACCAAUGCGGUCAUCUCGAUGCGAGACGGCCGACUGUGCCUGAUGUUCAGGGUGGGCGAUCUCCGCAACUCGCACAUUGUGGAGGCCUCCAUCAGAGCCAAGCUGAUCAAGUCCAAGCAGACCAAGGAAGGGGAGUUCAUUCCCCUCAACCAAACAGACAUGAACGUUGGCUACGACACCGGCGACGACCGGCUCUUCCUGGUGUCGCCGCUCAUCAUUUGCCAUGAGAUCAACCAGCACAGCCCUUUCUGGGAGAUCUCCAAGGCCCACCUAUUUAAAGAGGAACUGGAGAUUGUGGUCAUUUUGGAGGGCAUGGUGGAAGCCACUGGAAUGACCUGCCAAGCCAGGAGCUCCUACGUGACAAGUGAGAUCAAGUGGGGCUACCGAUUCACACCAGUGCUGACGCUGGAGGAUGGCUUCUACGAGGUGGACUACAACAGCUUUCAUGAGGUCUAUGAGACCAACACGCCAAUCUGCAGUGCCCGGGAGCUGUCUGAAAUGACUUCCCGGGCCAGCCUGCCCCUUACCUGGUCUGUGGCCAGCAAGCUGAACCAACAGGCGGCUCUGGACGUAGAGCAGGAGAUGAUCGACCAUGAAGAGGCAGAGGAGCAGACGGAACGCAAUGGAGAUAUUGCAAACAUAGAGUAUGAGUCAAAAUUGUAGGCUUGGGGUUUUUUUGAAAGCUCAAAUUGAUUUGUGGACCAGAUAGUGCAGGGGUGAGUGGGGGGGGGGAGGGAGCAUACAAAAUAAGGUCUCAUGUGCUCCCCACUCCGAAAUCUCCUCUCAUCAAUCUCUGCCUGGGAGAAUAAUCACGAAAUAUCUAUGAUACCAAGGCUGGGACAAUCGCAUGCUCUGAAAAUUUCUUUCUUAACAGUAAGAGUUAUUAUAAUUUUGUUUUGUUUUUUUUUAAAGAAAAAGAUCUGACAUAUAUAUACAUAUAUAUAAAUAUAUAUAUAUAUUCUAGGGCAUUUGCAUUUGUAUUUUUGUACAUAUUUCAAUAACUGUUCCUAGCCAGUAAUGGUGGAUUUAUGUUACGGAUUUGUGAAUAUUUGGCAAACAGGAAGUUUGAUACCGUGUUAGAAAAUGAACGGGGAAAAAAUCCUUUCUGUAUAUAAUGCCUUAUGUAAUAAACAUUCUUUUCAU